GUACGUGGCAGGGAUGUGUCGAUGUGGUCGAUGUAUCAUACACGUUGGUGUUGAAGUGCUAAAGUAUUAUAGCUCUAAAAAUAAUAAGCUGUUUAUGCCUGUAAUAAUUACUAAAACGCGAAGUCAGUGAAGUCCCAGUUAAUCCCUACAAAAUCUUUGAGUUUUACACGCAAUUUCUCCAAGUCUGCUUCUUGCACUAUCAUUAUAUUUAGUACUGUGUUAGUGAGCACUGUAAACUCCAUUUGAACAACAAAAUUCUCCAUAUUAAAUCAUUUUUCACAGCUUAUAUCGUAUAGCACUAUACUAUAAAAUGAAUAGUUCAUCAGAUCCUAGACGUCCAGAACGAGAAAUUCGUUACAAACCGAGUGUAUCCAGCAGUCAGGCACAAGCUGGGGACAAUUCGACUCCAGACUACAUGAAUAUAUUAGGAAUGAUCUUCAGUAUGUGUGGUUUAAUGAUGAGAUUAAAAUGGUGUGCAUGGGUUGCAUUAUAUUGUUCAUGUAUUAGUUUCGCUAAUUCUAAAGUGACCGACGAUACUAAACAAAUUCUCAGUAGUUUUAUGUUAUCUAUCUCAGCAGUUGUAAUGUCCUACUUACAAAAUCCACAACCCAUGACUCCACCAUGGGCAUCUGCUAUACAAUAAAGAAUUUUUCAAAUUCAUGUGAUAUGAACUAUUAAUCAUUUAAUAAAUUAUUUGGAAAAUUACCUCUGGGCAUGUAUGUACUUUUAACAUGAUUUAAUUGUUCAAAAGAUCAGUGUAAGGAAUUGGCAAGGCUAAUGAACUUCGUAUUCAUUUUUAUUUUUUGAAAAGUAUAUUUGAAUACAAUAAACUAAUUAUUUUGCAAUGUA